CUCACCGAACAGUAGACAGUUCUUCUGCGCGGAUUCGUCCAAUUUUUGGAAAGUGUCUAGCUAACUGCACAAAGCAAAAUCCCAUCGCCAAAAUGAAAUUCUUGCUCAUGACCAUCUGCCUGUUCGUGCUGGCCUUCGCCCUGGUGGCAGCCAUCCCUGCCGUGCACGACGAAGGUCUCUUCGGUGCUGAUGGAGCUGCGGAUGAAACCCUGAACCCUCAGGAUCCGCAGGCCUUCCUGCUGAAGAAGCUGCUGCUCAAGAAGAAAUUGCUCCUGCUCGGUUAAGAACGAUCACAACGGCCCAGUGCUUUUUUUCCCCAAUCGCCUCCCAGUCUUUCUAACGAUAAGAAAUCGGAAACCAAUGCCCCACUGAAGGAGCUGUUUAGGAAUCCUUCGUGGAAAACACACACCGCCUGUCUUUCCCUUGCCUUAAAAACACCUGUUUGCCCAAAUCAACUCCCCACCCACCCACCCUGCUCGUCGGAAACGACCCAAAACCGGCUCGAAAAUCGCGCGCUUUACUCGGUGUGGCUGCGAAAAAGCCCCAAACGAAACUGCCGAAUCAGUCACAAAUGGCAACGCGGAUCGAACGGGAACAGGAAAAACGAUGCGAGCGUUUAUUAUUAAGGUGCAAUACGUAGGAUCUACGCUACUACUAUUAUUAGCAAGAGGAGUAAUUUUAUUAAAAAAAAAAAAGGAAGACUUUUUACUGCACAGCCGCUCUUUGCGGUGUUUCG